CCACCACCAUCUGUACUAUCAAAAACCACCUCUGCCACCGUCAGCCCUUCAUCCACAAAACACGUGAAGCUGUUUGUUGAGCAGUUGUUUGAGAAGACUACAGCAAGCUGUCCACAUGUGUUGGAAUUGCUAACGUUUACAGUUCUCUUAUUAUCCAAAACAACUUACAUCCCUGAUAUUGAAGCCUCUACAACCCUGAUAUUUAAACAACCACAAUUUCAAUAUUCAGAGCCCAGCAGUUCUGAUAUACCUAAGCCCCUAUAUUUUUCUGAACCUUUACAUCUCUGACUUCUAAACAUUUGAAUCUUUACCAUUCUGAUACCGAGAUAACUUCAUCUUUGGAGUGACCACCUGUGUUGAUAUAGCAUCACCAUAUCAUUGGCGAAUUUCACGUACGCAGCAGAGAACGCCAUUUCACGAAAACUUAAGCCUUUAUCCGUUAUUGUACCACGAAGUCAUUUGCGCUACUCUCUGGACCAAAACGCAAAUAUUAGCUAAAAGUCUAAACGAGGAAAAUUUGCUUGGUUAAAAUCAAAACAAGGAACACAGAUAAGAGUUUAGUCAAUUUGACUAACAUUAAAACUUAGACAACAUUGAAUCAAAGUCCAUGCGAUAGUGGGAAAGAUUGUAACAAACCUGGAAAAGCUAAAGAAACUACAGCUUAAAACAUCAAAAAGAAGCAUAAUGACCCUCGUUAGUCAAAGCCGUUGUUUUGUUUGCAAUAGCGGGUACAAGUAGAAAAGAAAACCAUGUCGUAUGUUUGGGGCGAUGAGCAAUGCUGGAAACAGCAGAAAAGGAGUGGAACAACAACGCGAAAUACUACUGGCAGACGGAGUAGACAUUACAACCGUGAAUCGGUGGACAGAAGUUAUUGUGACAGAUUGACCAGAAGAGAACAAUAUGAUACUUGGAGAUCCGGAUACGGAUUUGAUGACGAAGAGGAGGAGGAAGAGCGGCUGCGCUAUCACAAUCAACAACAACAGCAUCAACAGCAGCAGCAGCAGCAGCAACGUUGCAGGCGGAGUCAAAGGAAGAGGAACGGAAUACACGGUAGUAUAGCGUCUCUUCCCAUCCUGCCAUCCUCUUCACUGCGGAGUAUCUUGAAGUCCUCAUCUUCUGCAGAGAAUUUAAUCAAUAGUGAUUAUUUAGACAAAAGAAGUCGAAUUGAAGAUGAUGUUGGUGCCGUUCCUCCGGGGGUGAGGGUCUACUGGAUGAGGGAUCAACAGUUGCGGAAAAGCAUCAAACAGGGAAAGAAGGUUCAAUUCCACGAAAACUCGCGAGCGAAUAAAAGAAACAAGCAGUAUACACGGAGGAGUAAUGAUACCACGUCUGACGAAGAAGAAGAAGAAAGCGAACUGGAAUCUAUUUUCCGCAGUGAUGAGGAAGCGUAUUGCAGGAAAAGACCAGCCACGCCAGUUUUCAAAAGAAAUGUUAAAACUUCAUCGAAUGGAACAGUGAAGUCUCACUCCAAAAGUCAACAGGAUUUCCCUAAAAGUUCCAGAACUCUGCGCAGUAGCUUCAAAGUUUUUAACGAUGCUGAUAACAGCCACAGAAAUAAUGUUCCUUCAAAUACCAAAGAUCACGUUCGUACUCAACAAGAUCUAAUUUCUGCAGCUAAAUCAUCUCAGCAGGAAAAAUGUCCGUUCACACGUAGUUAUACAAAAAUGGCUGCUGAUACAAAUGAAGAUAUUGUCCAGUUCAAUGCCCUCCGUCGUAAGAGCAUACAUAACAUCAAUUCGUUCGUACGCAGCUCUGCUAGAUGUUCCCAACGCAGUAAUUUUGGCAACAGGACAUCUCAACGAAUGCAACGCCCUGUCGCCGAUCCACGCUCAAGCAUCCAUAACCUUCCCAAUCCGACUACAUCAAACCAUGUUCAUCUGCAGCAAAUAUACAACCCCAACAAUCGCGAUUUCGAUUAUUAUGACGAUCUGCCACAAAUUCCUGUUCGUUCUUGCAAGAAACGCUCCUCAAGCCGUCAUUUUCACAACAGAAGCGAUUAUAACAACAUCGAUAAUAACACAAGUUAUUCUCAAAAACCUCAUUACAUGGGCGAUAUAGAAAAUGAAGAGACCGCUGACCCACUGCUACAGACUAAUGCUGGAAAUCAAACUAAUACUCCAUUUCAAAGAUCCUUUUCAACAAGGGAGUAUGGUUCGAGGCGAAACACAGAACGAAACAGUCAUAACCGAAGCAGUAUGAAGCACAGGAGCCACGGACAACAGGUCCAUUUGACUGAUACGACAGGAUUACCCAACGAUGCAACUAUUUCUAAUAGACACGAAGAAACGUAUAAUCCUAAAGUUUUACGGAACUCUAUGCGGAGAAAGUCAUUGUUUAACCCAUUGCCAAAUUCACAUUUUAUGCCUGAAGCAGAUGAUUUUAAAACUGAGGAGGAUCAACGAACAUUAUCAAUGGAAAACUGUAACAGCAACGGUAGCAAUAUGAUUAGUUCUAAUAAUAGUGUGACUAUCAAUAACAACGGGUUUGGUGACGGUGGAAGAGGGGGUGGACUCCGUGGUGUUGAAGAUUGUAACAGAAAUAUUACUUCGACUACUUUUGUACCUGGUAUCUCACCAACUGAAAGCGGCGACGUUGAAGCAACACCAGAAGAGCUCCCUUAUUGUCCAUUUUCGAGACCAGUCAUCUCAACUGAAGAUAAGAAUCUCGAUCCAACGGAUAAAAUGAUACCUGCAGUGGGAGGAGAACAAAAUGGGCGGCCGUCAUUGGCAAGACCAUUGGCAGAAGAAGCUGUCGCAGCUGCCCUGCGUCGUUCUGCAAGGCAACGACGAAGCAACAAGUAUUUGUCUGUUAAAUCCGACCACAGUAGUUCCUUAAAGAGUUCAGAUGUCUCAUCUGAAUUUAGAGGACGCCAACAAAAACCCCUUUCUGAGGUUUUAGCAAACUCAGUUUCUGUUGCAGAGCAACAAAAGCAGCCAACAAAUUACAACCAGUCUUAUCCAUAUUUAUCUCCAGUGACCCCUGUUUAUCAAUCAUCGAAACAGGCCCCUGACGAAUCAGAAUCCUUUCAUCAAUUCGUUCAGAACCAACAGGAACAGUUUGAUCCGACAGAAAACCCAAUUCUUUUCCAAAGAUCUUCAUUUCAGCAAGACACAGCACCCACAGCUGCCGCUUAUCGCCCUUUGCCAUCGAUACCAUCAUUUGUUCCACCUUUGACAGAAAUGUUUCCCCCAGUGGAAGAGACUACUACAUUACCCGAGUUUCUCCCAUUAAAUUGUAACUAUAACUUGCCUCUUGGUGUUGUUAAACCACUGCCCAUUGUUCUGACUCCGCCGCAAAUCCCACCUGAGCUUCUUCCGAAACCCAUUCGAAAAUCAGAGCUAAACCCUCGGUGUGACUCAAAUGGAGGCCUCACUGUAGCUUCAGACCCUAAUGUAGAGGAUUCAAAGGAAGUAGUAUCGUCAAAAACUGCCGAUCGUAAAGAUGGAAAGGAGAAAGAGAAAAGCGACAAGAAAGACCGAAAGAAGAAGAAAAAGAGGAAGAAGAAAAAGAAGGAUAAAAAGAAGAAAGAGGAAGAAGAAAAGAAAAAGAAAGAAGAGAAAGAAAAAAGAGAAGAGAAGGAAAGAGAGAAGUUAAACAGGGAGAAAGAGAAGAAUAAGAAGAAUAAGAAGAAAAAUACUCAAGAGAAAAAAUCGUUAAAAAUGAAUCCAAGUCUGAGAUAGGAGACAGUGAUGGCAGCGAUGCCUAUGAGACUCCGCCAUCUUCUUUGAGAGAGAACAAGAGUUCAGUACGCCAUCAGAGGAAUAGGUCAGAAGGAAAAGAGACAAAGACAAAGAAACAUAGAAAACAGUCGAAAGAAAGAAAAGAUUCGAGGAAGAAAACAGUUGGUGGUAAAACUGAGCAUCAGAGAAAGAUUUCUUCAUCUGAAGGGAAUCUUUGUGAUGUCCGGGACAACAGAUCAGAGGAGAAUCGAGGUCGGAGUUUCACCCGUUUGACGCGUAAAAUAUCUCAUCGCGUUGGUUCUUGGAGUAAGGAACUCAGGCGGUUCUUGAGUUUCAAGGUGGAUAGGUCACCUAGUCCUUGCAUACGUUUCACUGAAUCUAACAGCGAUGAUGGUGAAGAAAAUUCCGACAAUGGCAACAAACGAAAAUUACAAAAUGCCAAAGAACCACUUGGCGUACAGAAGUCUCUGAGUGACAUUUCCGACACUUCAGAAGAUUUAGACAAUCUGGACAUCGAAUUAUCUAAAAUCGGUGACGGUAGCUGUGACGACGAUGUCUUAAAUUUCUGUGACGAAGGUAAAACUACUCAGAUAAUGAACUGGCUGCAUCAAAUGUAUUCCACAAACCCAGCAGACUCCAAAAUAUCCUCAGUAAUGGCGGCUACAACGGUCGCCACACAGUUUUAGAGCGACCAUAUUGGAUGAUGUGCGCGGAGACAAAAUAAUAUAAAAUAACGAUAAUAAUGGUUUCAGAUUGAGACACGAAGCCAGUAAUUUGGAGGGAAAGGGGUCAGUCGAUGCCAUCGGCCCCUGUGUUGGUAUGUGGUCAAGGAGUUUGCUUCAUAAUUGCGUGGACUUCGAUUUGAUCUCACUUUGGCAAGUGUCUUCGACCCUGGCUUCAGUUUGACCGCUACCUUGUGAGUAAAUGGAAACUGUGUGGAAGGCCUUCAUUUGACCUGUGCGAGUGUGUGUGCACGUGAGUACGUGUGUAUGUAUGUAUGUAUGUAUAAGCGUGUGUAUAUAUAUAUAUAUAUAUAUAUAUAUAUAUAUAUAUAUAUAUAUAUAUAUAUGUUUACACAUGCAUACGUGUAUAUAUGUUUAUGAAGGCGUUCUCUGGGAAAAUAGCGCUGUAUCAAACCCAAAAUAAUUCUGCGUGUCAGUUGUUGGCUGAUGUUGUCUUUCUUUCUCUUCCGAGGUCAGUGAAAGACAUAUCAUCUAAAAGUAUUGUAGUCAAUUCAACCACCAAAAUCCUUUGAAGUCGGUGCAUUAGAAUGGCUGCAGUUCUACGACUGAAACUAGUAAAAGAAUUAAAGAACGAAUCGUCUGCAAAUGAAAGUGCAACGCCAAC